AUGGACGAUGACUUCCGCGUCACUCCCCGGCAGAUAUGGGCUAAUCCGACAACGACCACGACAAAAACAUACUCGUCUGGAUGUACGCCGUUUGUCUUGCCGAGUGACGGAAUUAUACAUAUCAAUAAAUCAUAUGAACUGACUCUUACCAAAAACGCCGUUUACGAACCGAUUUGCACUGGCCAAACACAUUCCGACUACACUCAUGUCAAUGCCGUUCUCGAUACUCGGGAUCCGUUUUACUCCUCUGUUACACCGCAGCUUUAUGCCAUCGGAUGCUGUACCGUCGUCAGCUAUGUCCUCGUCAUUAUUCUCCUGAUUACCCCGCGUACUUUCUUUGUUGGAGGACCCGGUGGCGGUGGAGCGAACUUUCUCGGACGCCAUGGCAUGAUUAGUGGCUCUUAUAGUGGGAACUCGUCGAUCGUCGGCGUCGGAGGCAGACCGUGGCUGCAGAAAGUCGCUGCGUUUCUUGUCGCAAUUUCAUUAACCAUAGCUACGGUAGACUCUUUCAGAGUUGCUGAGCUUCAAUAUGAAUAUGGAUACUCGGAUGCUGAGGCAUUGUCCCAGGAGGUUAUCGAUGGAUUGGAGAUUCGCAUUGUUCGCGUUAUUUCACAGACCUUUCUUUGGCUGGCGCAGGUGCAGACAUUAAUUCGACUGUUUCCGCGACAUAAAGAGAAGGUUAUGAUUAAAUGGGCUGGGUUUGCACUGAUUGUACUGGACACGACUUUCAGUAUCUUGGAAAACUUCUUUUUCAAGAACAACAUGACGCAUCCGCGGAUGUACGACGAUGCGAUUCCAGCUCUAAGCUAUUUGUUUGAGCUAGCGCUUAAUUUGUUGUAUGCCGCGUGGGUUAUAUUCUACUCGAUUUCAAAACAUCGCUACGCCUUUUUUCAUCCCAAGAUGCGAAAUAUCUGUUUCGUGGCUCUACUAUCGUUUUGUGCGGUGUUGAUACCGGUCGUCUUCUUUGUCAUGGAUAUUGCAAAGCCAGAAAUAGCCGGCUGGGGUACAUAUAUCAGAUGGGUUGGAUCAGCAGCGGCCAGCGUGGUGGUAUGGGAAUGGGUAGAGCGUAUAGAAGCGCUCGAACGUGAUGAAACAAAAGAUGGCAUUCUUGGGCGAGAAGUUUUUGAUGGCGAUGAAAUGCUGGAAGUGACACCAUCUGAAGAAGUUGACUGGCCACGCUAUUCUUCCAAUACCCACGAUAAGGGAGGUGGAAACGGCACUUCCUCGGCGUGGGGUGGAGUGAUAAACCUAGCGCAUCGACCAUUACGGACCCGAGUCGGUAUCAAUCGUGGAAACCGCAGUCGGGGAGGACCAGGAUUCCCGCAAAAUACGAAUGGUCUAAUCGCGCCACGCCGACAAAACAGUCAACGACCCACUCCUCCCCCAGCUGUUAUUACUCCAGUCAGUCGGGCAGACACCAGUAGUGCUCCCAGUACUGUGUAUAAUAUUCGAUAUCAUCCAGUCGCCAGUCCGACGCCUCCUGUGACAAUGCCGCAUAUGGAAGAGGAAGGACUGGAAGAACAGAAAGAGAUUGAGUUGGAAAUCGAGCACGAACCAUCCUCGGGCGACUUUCAACAAGACCCCUCCACUCAGGAUAUCAGAGGCCAAUCGCCACAGAUUGUACACUCUGAUCCACGUUGGCUCAACCUCAUUAAUCAAUUCAGGCGGAGGCGUGCCUCUCUUCCUAGAGAGGUGGCCUUUGCUCAAGCUGGCGAAGAGCCAGUAGAGAGUGAGCUUGAUUCAACGCUCGAAGACCACGACCAACAACACCCGGCACCGGCGAGAUCUAACAAUAAUUUUUUCUCCCUUCAUCGACCUCGAUAUCCCGGCUCAGGUGCACAACCUAGUGAUGCACCUUUGCCAAUCACAGUCAUUCCAGCUCGAAAUCGUGGUCAGCAGACCUGGUCUCCACAGCCUCAAAAUAGGUUACUGGAUGCACUACCUAUCCAUCGUCCGCCGCCGCGCUCUGAACAUUCCCAUUUGCCGGUCCGUGUUAUUCCUUCCCAACCAUCAGCAUCUGCGCCAUGGGGGGAAACAGAUAUCGAGAAUGGAGACGGAAACUACGUGCUCCGCUAUGACCCCGAAACUGCUGCUCUGGUUCAUGAGCAUCCUAGUCAGUUGCGGGAGGAGCCUGCUGUGACUAGUGAUCGCGCUAGUUGGACACAAACGACCAUCUCAGAACCUGAGGAUGCACAUCAAGAUGAUGGGGUCCAAUCACCACAUCAGCCUACCCAUGACAACAACCCCUCUUAA